AUGACAAAAACAGCACCAUCAACUUCACCUGGUCGUUCUCGUUUCUUCGAUCUUAUGCAUGAAACUGGUGAUAAGUUAUCACUAAUUAAAGGCUAUCAACAAUUGGUACAACCUUUACUUGAAGAAGCAAUCGUUCAUAUACAACAACAUAAAGCAUUCAAGAUCGAUGCUCACAUUCAAAACAAAGUGUGUUUGUCUAAAAAAGAAUGCUCAGAAGAAAUUGAUGUUAAUAAUCUUACUAUAGAUGAACGUGCAGCAAUUAAACUUUAUACAAUGGAAUCAAAGACAGAACAAGAAAGUCUUUUUUAUGUAGUGAACUCUACACUUCGUCUAGCGGAUCGUAGUGAAUUAAAACCAAUCUUGCUCUAUUUAAGACUUUUAAUUGAAGCAUUAGAAAAACUACCAUCGCUCAAUGGUCUUGUCUAUCGCGGUGUGAAUGGUAAUAUUUCUAGUAACUUUGUAAAAGGCAAAAAACUAACUUGGUGGGGUUUUAGUUCCUGUACACGAUCACUGGAGAUGUUAAGCAAAGAAGAAUUUCUCGGAAACAAUGGUCAAAGAACACUUUUCUACAUUAAAUGUAUUAACGGAAAAUUGAUUCAAAAUUAUUCGUAUUCUUCGCCGGACGAUGAAGAAGUUCUUCUACUACCUGGUACUGAGUUUCUGGUUACUGGUAAAAAACGAGCAAAUCGCGAUUUAACUAUUGUUCGUCUCAGAGAGAUUCCAGCAAGGAGUCCUACGGCAGAUGACAUCGAAACUGUUGGCGUUAGCGUUGCUGAAAUGGCACCACCGGAAGAAGUCGAUUAUCGAGACGAAGCAAAAGAAAAGAUCUGUGGACACUACUGCAAUCUAUGGGCAACAAAACAAUGUUGUAACUGUUCAGAUAGACGACUAUAUCGGGUUAAUGGCUACUAUGAGAAAUAUAUUGAUGGCAUAGGUUUCGUGCAAGAAGCUUCUAGAAAUGAGUAUUACUGUCCAACUUGUAAAUUACGCGAAGAUCUUUCGUAG